GGAGGGCAGGGCGAGGGCGGGGCGGCUGGCGGGCCUGGCCCAGCCCGCCGGGGAGGAAGGGGAAGGGGGAGCGGGCUGCGCUGUUGCCCUUUUAAGCGAGCGAGUGGGUGCCGGAGGCUGGUACAAAGGGAGCCGCCGCCGCGCUCGCCGUCCCCGUUCCCCCCUCCCCCCCCCGCCCCCUCCCCGCCGGCUGGGGCUGCCCCGGCCCCCCCCCGCCCUCCCGCCAUCUUCCGCCCCGCAGGCGCGGCCGGGGCCAGGGUCGGGCCGGGCCGAGGCGGAGGGAAGGCGGCGGCAGAGCGGGCGAGGCGGCGCAGGCCCGGGCCCGGAGAUGAGGCCAGGAUGUCGGUGUCAGGGCUCAAGGCCGAGCUGAAGUUCCUCGAGUCCAUCUUCGACAAGGACCACGAGCGCUUCCGCAUCGUCUCCUGGAAGCUGGACGAGCUCCACUGCCAGUUCGUGCUCCUGCCGCCGCCGCCGGGCUCCGGCCCGCAGCCGCCGCCGCCGCUCACCAUCCACUGCAACAUCACGGAGUCUUACCCCUCUUCAUCACCAAUAUGGUUUGUAGAAUCAGAUGACCCAAACCUGACUUCAGUCUUAGAGCGUUUAGAAGAUAUUAAGAAGAGCAAUACUCUGCUUCUUCAACAGCUGAAGCGAUUAAUAUGCGACCUCUGCAGAUUAUAUAAUCUUCCUCAGCAUCCAGAUGUUGAAAUGUUGGAUCAGCCAUUACCAGCUGGACAGAAUGGAACAACAGAAGAAGUUACAUCAGAGGAGGAGGAAGAAGAAGAUAUGGGUGAAGACAUUGAAGAUCUGGAUCACUAUGAUAUGAAGGAGGAGGAACCAGUUGAUGGGAAGAAAUCUGAGGAUGAAGGCAUUGAAAAAGAAAACCUUGCAAUCUUAGAAAAAAUCAGAAAAAAUCAAAGGCAAGAUCACUUAAAUGGUGCAGUCUCUGGGUCAGUUCAGGCUUCAGAUCGACUUAUGAAAGAACUCAGGGAUAUAUAUAGAUCACAGAGUUAUAAAACAGGGAUAUAUUCAGUGGAACUGGUAAAUGACAGCUUGUAUGAAUGGCACGUUAAGCUUCUAAAGGUUGACCCUGACAGCCCACUGCAUAGUGAUCUUCAGGUCUUAAAAGAAAAAGAAGGUGUAGAAUACAUUUUACUCAACUUCUCUUUUAAGGAUAACUUCCCUUUUGAUCCUCCCUUUGUGCGAGUGGUAUCUCCUGUGCUCACGGGAGGGUAUGUCCUAGGUGGAGGUGCAUUAUGCAUGGAACUUCUUACUAAACAGGGCUGGAGCAGUGCCUACUCAAUAGAAUCGGUCAUCAUGCAGAUCAAUGCCACUUUAGUCAAAGGAAAAGCCAGAGUACAGUUUGGAGCCAAUAAGAAUCAAUAUAAUCUAGCAAGAGCACAACAGUCCUAUAAGUCACUAGUACAAAUACAUGAGAAAAAUGGCUGGUACACUCCUCCGAAAGAAGAUGGCUAACAUUGAGGACUGUUGUAUACCUGGACCAAUAUCAACAAAACAAGCUCUUUUUUAUGUUUUCCAACACACAGACUCAAGCUAUGAGUGCCCCUAUAACAGCCGUACUGAAGACUUUAGCUAUUAGAUAAGUUAGUGGAUAAUCUGUCAACUGACACGUAAAGUAUAAAUUACAGCCUUACCAUUCCGCUCUUCUUAGGUAUCUGGACUGAGCAGUUUGGGCCUUUACCAUAUUUGUUCUUAUGGAUUAAGCGUAUUUGGGCCACGCCCUCCCUUCUCCCUUUUUUUAUUUGAAAGCGUAAGCUCCCUCCAGCAGGCUAUCGAGUUACUAAAGAUCGUUCAAUAGGAGUGAGUCGUUCACACACUUUUGUGUAUUUCUUACCUUUUGCAAAAUGCAGACUGCAGAGACUUACGUUGUAUUGUUUCAUUUAAAGCCAAGACGUUUAAUACAUUGUUUAAUACUGUUUUAGGAAAUGUCAGGUCUUGCAAAUCACAGUAGUUUUUCUGGUCUAAAAUGACAGCAUUUGUAGUAUUUCCAAAUUAAUGAUAUAGGAAAAACACAUGUAUGUUAAGUAAUUAAACAUUUUUCAUGGCUGUAUGAGAAUAUGAACUGUUUCUUGGAAAAGAUGCUCUUUGUUUAGAUUAUGUUAAUUUUUUGUUUUGGUUUGGAUUUUUUGUUUUUCUUUUCAUUUUUGGUCAGGUUUUUUUUUUUGGUUUUUUUUUGUUUUGUUUUUUUUUUGUUUGUUUU